AUUCCUGUCUUAAACUCAACUACUGAAUAAAAGAAUCCUAAUAAAGGAAUUUCUGUUAUUGUAGAAUGAGUCAAGAAUCUGCCCAUGGACAAGGCAACAACAAUGAACACAUCAGUGUUCAUACUGAAGCAUCUAGUUUCACCCCUCCCAUCCAAAAUGAACAUGUCAAUCAACAAGAUGAUGGGAAUAACCCGAACGCUGGUGGUCAACCCGACCUUGUAAUCCCAACUUUUCUGGCCAAUGUGUUACAACAAAUAGCCAACGCGCCGAUGUUUCAACCACCUCCACCAUCGCCACCUCGAGUGAUAACCUUCAAAACGCUAAGGGAUAAUGGUGCAGAAUUAUUCCUUGGGGAUCGCAUCGGUGAACCCCAAAUUGCGUGGGACUGGAUCGAGCAGACUGCUCAAGUAUUGAAGGAUCUCAACGUACCUAUAGACAACUACCAUCGACCGUCUUCUCAACUGCUGCGAAAUGAAGCCUACGAGUGGUGGAAGAGAACCGAUGAAAGUGCGGGAACCCCUAAGCCGUGGACUUGGGCACAUUUCGAAUGGGCAUUCAAGCAAGAAUAUAUUCCGAAACGUUUUAGUGAGGAAAAACGUAAAGAAUUUGUGGAGCUGGAACAAGGAAACAUGACACUCCCUGAAUAUCGUCAGAAGUUUACCAAGCUUGCAAAGUUUGCGCCAACCUUGGUGAGUACCCCAACUGAUCGCAUUGAGGAAUUCAGGACGAAACUUCGACCUGACCUGAGGUCACGUGUGUCCGUCCUAACCACUGUGGAUUUCGCAGAGGCCUACGAGAUCAUAGCAAGGGCGGAUAGUGACCUGAAUGCUUGCAUUGAGUACCUAAAGGCAAACAAUGCUGGCCCAAACACUUACCAUUCCACUAAUUCUGCCUCAAAAGGAAAAAGGUCAUUCCAGGAAUCUAGUAACUCACAUUUUUCUAAAAAGGGAAAAUUUGUGCAAACUCAAUCGAUGACAUCCGUUGAUAGAUCCAGGAAGCGAAAGUAUCCUGCUUGUGAACACUGUGGAAGGAACCACCCUGGAGAGUGUUGGUUGAAGCAAGGGUUGUGCCUUGGCUGUGGAAAACCAGGACAUUUCAAAAAGGAGUGCCCUACAAACCCUGGAGAACCAUUCCCACUUGCUCCUGUUGCUAGCCAGUUUGCAUCAGCACGACCCACACCAAGUCAACGCUCAACAGCGGGGUCUAAGCUAGCUAAGAAUCAGAACCAACAACAAGGACGAGCUCCUGCUCGUACAUAUGCAAUGAAGGCAUGAACUGAGGAAAACCCUGACGUCAUUCAAGGUAUGUUUUCCUUAUUUGAUACUAUCAUGCAUGUGUUGAUAGACCCUGGAUCAAUGUUGUCUUAUGUCUGUGUACAUAUGCCUGAAAAAGCUGACAUAAUGAAAGAACAAUUGGAAC